AUGAUAUCUGUUGCGGAUCCAUCCAGGCGGCUGCCUCCGGAGACCUUCUCGCACAUUCUGAGCUUCUUGAAGCCACCAUCCCUUGUGCGCUGUGCGCAAGUCAGUCGAGCUUGGAACGAGGUCUGUACGGACGAAGCAGUAUGGCGUUCCCUAGCCCUUCGCCUUGGCUACUGCCAGUUGGAGCGGGCAGCAGAGGAAUUAGAAAGCGGCAUCAGGGUCGUCGCCAGCGUAUUGCAGCGAUUCGAUCCUAACACAGAGCCAGAUCCGUCCGAAGAUCUGCUGCAGGCAACCAUACAACGGUAUCGAUCGAGAAACAACACCGCCUACUUUGACGAUUGCGAAUCCUGGCGCUCGCUCUGCACCUGCGUCUGGCGCCUUGGUCUCAAUUGGUCACCGCGUCAGCCGACAGGUGUGCUCAAGCCAGCGCCUAUGACGAGAGCAUGGGAGACCAAAGCAGUUUUUCGUGACCUCGACAUCUCCGCAUUAAGACGAUGCGAAAGCCCGCCUACGACCGACCGAGAAAUUGCCUGGGUUUCAGAACGACCAAAAACGAUAUCUUACCUUUUCCCGCAAAGACGUGUGCUGCACUUCAAGCAGAAUGGAUCUGGUGUCUGGAGGUGUAAGAUCGAUCCUGAAGAGAGGACCUUCAUCGUGACAGGCCAGAACGGUGGGAUCCAGGUCUUUGAUCAUAGUACAAAGACACUGCUGUGGCAUAUACCCAGAACAGCCACUCGGUCUUCUUCUCACCUCGAGUUCUCGCGUGGCUGGUUCAUCUUCGAUCGUCCUGGCAUCGGCCACUUUGAAGUUUGGCGUAGCGAGAGGCUCGUACCUGACCUCGGUCGUGCUCCUGAUCGAGGUCACUACCAACGCUUCACAAUUCUCAGCUCCACCAGACCCAUCCGAGCCUACCGUUUCCAGUUUCCAUAUUUGUGUGCUGCGAGCCAGGACGGCUUCAUCACGAUUUGGGACGUUCCACAACAGGAGGUGGUCGAGACCAUCGACAUGCGAGACUCAGCACACCGUGGCGGCAACAUCACUUACAUCGACUUUGACGACGAGUUUGUUUUUCUCAACGGUAUUGGUGCCAAGUCGGUGUCAGUCUUUUCACGACGCACUCAGCGCCUGGUGUGGAGCUUGGGUCAGCAUUUUGCAUCAGGUGCAUCACCUCCCACGACAUGGUCCUUGAAGCAAUGCCGGCUCUGGGGUCAAGGCCAUGAGCCUGUCUUCUGGAACCCAGCUUUGAUGCAGCGGCAGCUGGAGCGAGCACCUCCAGGCCCGUGGCAGGCGGGUCCCAAUACCAUGAACUCGGCGCAACUAACCAUGGCGCCAUAUCAGAUAUGGUCGGCAGUGCAUCCAGAUCUGAUGACUAGAACACUCCUCAUCCUCGGCCAAGGAACGAUCCUGCUCAUUCGAGACUACAAGAAGUUCUUCCGUAAUCCAGGCCAACGGCCAGAGCUUUUCGCCGAAAUCGAGUUCGAGAACAUGCCUGACUACUACCACUCACACAUCCUGAAUGGACAAGAGGACUGGUCAGGGCUAGGAUGGAACCGCCGGCUUCUGUGGGUACAACGUGGCGACGCUCAGCUCACAGUGCACGAAGGCAAAGCCGUCAUCAUCAAUCAUUUCCCCGUAUUCCUCGACCUGAACAGCGAAGCCGCUGCAAUGCAUUUCGGAGAAGGCGACACUGCACUCGAACCUGAGACACGAAGCAGCGCAAACAAUCUGCCCGAUGGAUCACAGUAUGGACCAGAUCAGUCAGUAGCAUCACCCAUAGCUUCCCCACAUCGAAGCUCCGACGAACGCAACAGAAAUGAAAACAGUUCGGAGCGAAACGAAACAAGUGCUCGCAUCCCAGUCCUACUAUAUACGCAAAUCAACGGGCCCGUGCAUGACUCAUACGACCGCUGCAGCAGCGUCCAGAUGGAUGAGGUGGGAGUGUACGUCACCCUUGACAAGGAUACCACCGAGUUCCCGGUGGAGGAAGAUGAAGAGAUGAACAUUGACGAAUUAACGGGCGAUGACCGUGUGCUCCUUCACUUCGACUUCACGAAGAGGCACGAGCUCACCUACAACCCGGACGAAUAUCCCAGUCUGUUCCCUGAGUAUGCAGCCGAAAACACAACCGUACCUCCGUAA